UUGGAUCACAAAGCAUCCACUUUCUCUUCAAACCGCUCACUCUUCUCUUGUCUUGCAGUCUCAUCUCGUCUCUCUCUCUCUGCUGCUCUAUCUCGCCCUCUCUCUUUCUGUCCUCCACUUGGCUUCGUCCAUCAGCAGCUCGCAGGCUCACCACUGUUCCUCCAACCUUUUGAGGACUCGGGACUAAGUCUCUGUCAUUUGGAGGGUCGCUGGAGCCUAUCUCAGCUACAAUCGGGCAGAAGCCAAGAUGGCGAUGAACAGCAUCCUUAACGCUGACGACAUCAAGAAAGCACUAGAUGCAUUCGCAGCGGCCGACUCUUUCGACUAUAAGAAGUUUUUUGAGAUGAUCGGCCUGACGAAAAAGUCUUCUGAGGAUGUGAAGAAGGUGUUCACGGUGAUGGACGCUGACAACAGUGGCUACAUAGAGGAAGAGGAGCUCAAAUUUGUCCUGAAGGGGUUUGCCAAAGAUGGCAGGGACCUGACGGAUAAGGAAACCAAAACAUUUUUAAAUGCGGCCGACAAGGAUGGGGACGGAAAGAUUGGAAUUGACGAGUUCACCGCCCUUGUGAAAGAGUAGUCGCCAUUGAAGACUGACUCACAGACCACCUCCUGAUCAUCCCGGCAUCCUGACCCCCACCCCACCCCAACACACACACACAUGCAUGAAUGCAAAUACAGUAGACACACACACAAACACUUAAAAAUGCCCCCCGACCAUACGUACAUUCAUCUCAUGUUCUCCUUUUUAUACAAACUGUUCUUGUUUCCGCUUAUGUAUAGAGGUAAAAACCCGCCUGCAGGAACACACUAGACCUUGCAUUUCAAAGCAAAGUAGCGAUUAUAAGAGAGAUAACCUAAUUUCCCUCCGUGCUUCAUCCCCUUAUUUAUCUUUUCUCCCUCUUCUCGAGUGCUUUCUCCCUCUCCGUCACCACUCCAUCCAUCUAUACAGCCAUCCACCCAGUAAUGAGAUGUGUUACUAUCACGCCAUGAGAAGAAAGCGGUCAAGCUGUGAAUAUAAAGAAAUUAAAUGGAGAUAAGAACGCCUGGACGAUAA